AUGUUUUCGCAGUAAUCAUAAGAACCUUGGUCGAGAAAAUCCAGUAGAAGUGGAUUCUUUGGAGGUAAUAUGGUUGGUGGGGGUAGCGCAAGUGGCAUGUUUAAGUUAUCAAGAAAUAGUAUGUAAAAUUAUAGAUCAACUCCAAUAGAGUUCCGAAAAGUUGAAAAUUAAAUCAUAGAAGAGGAACAUAAUAACUUACCUGCUUAGGUAAAAAGAGAGUCAAUCAUACACAAUAAUAGAGAAGGAGUUAUUACCAAUCAAAGUCAAGAUCAAAUUUAAGAUUCACCUAAUAAAUCUCAGCAAUUUCACUAACUAAAAUAAAAGAAAUUUGAAUUGGAUUAGAAAGUGAUAAAGAAAUCAAGUUCACAUAUGAACAGAAAAAUACCCUAUGGUGACCACUUUAAUAUUGAAGAGAUGGUGUACUAAGGUGGGUUUUUACUAAAGCCAAAGUCUAAAGUAUCCCUAGGCUAAAGCAACAGUUAAUCUAAGCAGCAAAGCUAGAUAGUCAAGGAGCUUAAAGAUUAGCAGAAAAAUUACAUGCAAGUUCAGAGUUUAAAUUGCUUAAUCAAAGAGAAGAUUGUGACCCAUAAAGAGUCUAGGGGGAAAAUCAAAUCUCUAAAGAAUGUUGAGUAAGAAUAGGAAAACUAUUUAAAGAGUUUGAAUGCUAAAAAUAGACGACUUCUUUUGACCUAGAUACCUGCUCCUUUAACUAUAUCACCCUCGAAAGAAUAAUUAAGGUUGGAUUCAAGGCAAUCUAAGUUAGACUCUUAUGACUAGUCACCAUUAUCCUACAAAAUUAUGAGUCCAGUUUAAAAAGUCCUUGUGAAACAGAAGAUGCACCUGAGAAAUCCUUCAAAUGAAAUUGUAGGUUUUAAUGAUGGCAACAAUUAAAUUCUUGAAAGAACUUAAGAAGUCGAAACUUCAUUAGAUAGAACAACUUACAGAGACAUGAAAAAUCAAAUGAGGACCUCAAAGGAUAGUAAUCAAAUGAAGAUUAGUGAAAAUCAUGAUUUAGAAAUGCGAGGUAGUAAAGUUAAACCUUAAUAACCUCCUAUAUUGGGUAACUUAGGCAAUAAAAAGAAGAAGACUAUGAAUUUUGAUUUGAAAAAUUUAAGUACUUUUGAUAAAUAUCUGGAAAAGGAGGAUAAAUAAGAGGAAAUAUAAAUUCCAGAUACAGGGAAAUUAACUGGUAACUCCUUUGCCCAGUAAAUAGUGCAAUCAGAGUAUCUAAUAUAGCAUAGAUAAUUAUUGAAUAAGAGAAAAAUAAUGAAGGAAAAUAGGAGUUAGCCAAGAAGUUUUAACAAUUUAUCAGCUUGGUGA